GAACUGAUGAAGAAACAUGAAGAAGAGAAAGAGAGUAUGAAGAUGAUGAUAUUGGAUGAACUGAACAGAGAACGAGAAGAACUGAUGAAGAAACAUGAGAAAGAAGAUCUUCAAUCCAAACAUGAAGAAGAAGAAAACAAGAUGAAGAUCCUGAUGAAGAAACACAAAGAAGAGAAAGAGAGAAUGAAGAUGAUGAUGAUGGAGAAACUGAACAGAGAAAGAGAAGAACUGAUGAAGAAACAUGAAGAAGAGAAAGAGAGAAUGAAGAUGAUGAUGGAGGAGAAACUGAACAGAGAAAGAGAAGAACUGAUGAAGAAACAUGAAGAAGAGAAAGAGAGUAUGAAGAUGAUGAUGGAGGAGAAACUGAACAGAGAAAGAGAAGAACUGAUGAAGAAACAUGAAGAAGAGCUGAACAGAGAAAGAGAAGAACUGAUGAAGAAACAUGAAGAAGAGAAAGAGAGUAUGAAGAUGAUGAUGGAGGAGAAACUGAACAGAGAAAGAGAAGAACUGAUGAAGAAACAUGAAGAAGAGCUGAUGAAGAAACAUGAAAAAGAGAGAAUGAAGAUGAUGAUGGAGAAACUGAACAGAGAAAGAGAAGAAAUGAGAGAAAGAAAGAAACAUGAAAAAGAGAAAGAGAGAAUGAAGAUGAUGAUGGAGAAACUGAACAGAGAAAGAGAAGAACUGAUGAAGAAACAUGAAAAAGAG